CGUCAGCUGGACCCCCACACUUGCCCUGGCUUGUCAACUGGAACAUUGCUCCUCCCACCGAUUGCAUUAUUUAAGUAUCUGAACUAUACUCAGUAGGUGACCAAAUCAUUACCAUUGACGUAUUCGUUCCGUUCGUCGCUCUGCUUUCCAAGUUGUUCUUUGUUCUCCACUUUGAUCUGCAACCAUCUGUUCAUAUAUAAGUCAACGAAAGUCUGGUCCCCACAGCACUUUUUGUUACCAUGUCACCACUCCUCGACGCACCCUCCACUCCAGACAGCUACUCCUACUCCAGCGAGUCUUAUCAUCCUGUUCAAUCUGCCUACACCAUGAGCAACAACUCCGGGAGCCGACCCCUUGUGCCUGGGAUUUAUGUUCCUACCGUAGCAUUCUUUCACCCAGCAACAGACGAUGUAGAUGUUGAGACUGUUGCUAGCCAUGCAGUCCGUCUCGCAAAAGCUGGUGUUGCCGGCAUUACAACGCAAGGUUCUAACGGCGAGGCUGUUCACCUGUCCCACAAGGAGCGCAACCUCAUCACCAGCACAACUCGUAAAGCCCUCGACGCCGCUGGAUUCGAGAACAUGCCCGUGAUAGUCGGCUGCGGUGUUCAAUCAACGCGAGAAUGCAUCGAACUUUGCGAAGAAGCAGCCUCCGCCGGCGGAGACUACGCAUUGGUUCUUCCCCCAGCAUACUACCAAGGACUUUUCUCCAAGGACACUGUCAAGGAGUUCUUCAAGGAUGUUGCCACUGCUUCCCCAAUUCCUAUCCUCAUCUACAACUACCCCGGUGCUGUCUCUGGUCUGGAUCUCAACUCUGAUGUCAUCAUUGAACUGGCUCAACAUCCCAACAUCGUUGGUUGCAAGCUGACUUGCGGCAACACUGGCAAGCUCAAUCGCAUUGCUGCUGCCACAAACGCCGCUACAGUUUCUAGCUCUGGGUCUGGGUUUAUGUGCAUGGGUGGCUCGGUCGACUUCACUCUGCAGACUCUCGUUGGGGGUGGAUCUGGUAUUAUCGGUGGUAUGGCUAACAUCGCACCAAGGACUUGCGUUAAGCUGGUUGAGCUGUUCAAGGCUGGGAAGUUGGCGGAAGCCCAGAAGCUGCAGGCUAUUGUUGCUCGUGGCGAUUGGGCGGCUAUCCAGGGUGGUAUUAUUGGCACCAAGGCUGGUCUUGUUGCUCACUUUGGAUAUGGAGGGUAUGCUCGCAAGCCACUUCCCAGGCCAUCAAAAGAGGAGACGAACAAGUGGCGAGAGGCGUUUGACGAACUUGUUAAGACAGAGAAUGCAUUGUAAACAUUUGCAGGGUCAAGGAACCUGCCCAUCUUCCUUCACUUGGCGAAGGCAUGUUUGAGCGUCAUACAAUUGGGUCAAAUUGCUUUUGCAUAGCAGCGACGGGCGGCCUUUUGUAGCACUUCAGCGUCUCUUUAAAACGAAUUACAUUCCUCGAAGCUCAAAGACAUAUGUACCAGCGCCGGCCAUUCUUCUCUGUGCUUUAGACUGACUGAAACAAUAUCACCCAAAAUCCCCUUUUGGACUUGAGUUUCCGUGUUCGAGUUUCUAGCCAGACUUGCGUGUAAGGUGUCCAUGUCUCCUCGGCCAUUUCUCGAGUCCUUCAUCCCUACGUCUACAUGCUCAUUGCCCAUGCGAUUCUUCAGUGCUCAAACACCAACUCAAUACCACCGUCCUUCAGACCCUUCAGCUGCUGCGAGAG